AUGGCCGUCGCUACCUUGGCUCAAGACCAAAUUGUCCCACCCAAAGUCGCUGGGGGCGAUGAGGCCCCUGACGAGGGUUUCGAAAUUCUCGGCGGCCAGGAAGCCCAAUUCGGCCAGCACCGUUAUGUGGCUGGGCUCAAGAAGGCGCCCAAUAAUAAGACCGAAUGCGGCGGCAGUCUGAUUGUCGUUUUGACAGCGGCGCAUUGUUUGCGUCUAACUUCUGCUGUGGUUGUGGGCACGCACUAUUUCACCGGUUUUGCCGACGGGGAACUGGUUACUGUCACCCAGGAAAUCAAAGAUCCCGAUGGACUCGUCGACGUGGGUAUCCUAAUCUUGGACCGCAACAUCACGACCAUCCAACCUGUGAAGGUCUACGUAAGCUGCUGUCAAAUGAAGGCGCCAUGUUCCGUGGGUCUUGUGGGCAUUGCAUGGGCCUGA